GAUGCUACCGAAUGUCUGACAACAGAGGAAAGAAAAAAAAAUCCUCCGCGAGUCGCUGAGCGAAACUGAAGAGGGUUCAGGAGUGAGCAAACUGACAGUAAGACUUGCUGAGCCAAGCUGAGCUUUGUGUCUGUGUAAUGGCCGUUUACUGACCGCACAACCCAACAGUUUCAUCCUGGAGGACGUGUUUAGCUUUGGAUCUUCACUGGCCGGGUGUAGCCUUGUAGGUGUUUGAACAUGUGUUUGCGGUAACAGUGAGUAAGCGUGUGUGUGUGUUUGCGUGCGGUGCGGCUUCCAAAAAAGUGCCAAUGCUGAGGAAUGGAUGGUAAAGGAGGAAACAUGGUGGCUACACAUAAACAGGUGAAGAGGAAAAGCGCGAACACAGCAGCUCUUCAGCAGUGCCAACUUCUUCAGAACAUCAUCGACAUCACCAUCUCGAAUCUACAGGGACUCAGGACCAAGUGCGCAGCGUCUAAUGACUUGACCCAGCAGGAGAUCCGCACUCUGGAGGUGAAACUGGUCAAGUACAUCAGCAAGCAGCUGCAGUGUAAGCAGAGGGUUCCAGUGUGUGAACGAUCGCCAGCCCUCAACACCUACCCUCACCUAGUGGACUGGCUCCAUACCAUUAAUAUAAGGCAUGAAUUUAUAGAGGUAGUACCAUUGAAUCUGUCUCUAGAUGCAUUGCUACUGAUGUCCAGUUCUCAGAUACAGGAGACCAUGAGGAAACUGGGCUCCAGUGCUGAUGAGUGCACCCGCAUCACUGCUGCCCUCUCCUGUCUCACAAGCCCCACCACCUCCAUCUCCUCCAUAUCCUCCGCCUCAAGCUCUGGGCCAUGGACAGGACGGGAGCUCAAAGAUGACGGAAUUCCCUGGAUUGUAGAACCUGCUCUCUGUGACAUUAACACUUCAUUCUCAUCGAAGCAGCUUUCCUGCUCCACUCAAAGCCCACAAUCCUACAGCCCAAAACCAGCCAUUCGGGUUCCUUUAACCUCCACGAUGCCCGGCACCCAACGUUCUGUCUCUGUUUCUGCUGUAAGCUCUCUGGACUGCCCAACUGGAUCCUAUGUGUCCCCAAUGUUGAACGGACUAGCUGACCCUUUCUACUCCUCACCUCAGAUGCUACGGCACCCACUGGGACAUGUAUCAACUCCGCCCCCUACCCCACCCACCAUUCGGAACGAGCUCCUGAAACUCCCUCACACACCACCACCACCAUCCAAAUUGCGCCAGCUUUUCCCCACCCUGCCUCGCAGCAAGAGCCACACACAGCUCGCUAACCGCAUAGAGGAACCUGCACACAAGAAUGUGAAGAAGAAUAAAAUGCUUCCAAAUAUGCAUGUAAAUGUGCAAGAUGUGAGAAACGGCUAUGAGGAUUCACCCUCACGCUCACCACUGCUCUCUGUGCCCUCUCCCAACACACGCGUUCAUGUGGAAAGUCCAACACUGACAGACAAAGGAAAAUCUCCACAGACUGUGAGGAGGGAUUAUGGUCUUACAAUCACACAUAGGUUUUCCACCAAGUCAUGGUUCUCCCAGACGUGUGCAGUGUGUCGGAAAAACAUGCUCUUUGGUGUAAAGUGCAAACACUGCAAGUUAAAGUGCCACAACAAGUGUACCAAAGAAGCACCUCAGUGCCACAUAAUUCCAAUUUUGAAAAUCAGAAGAACAGAGUCGGUUCCAUCUGACAUCAAUAACCAAGUGGAGCGACUACCAACAACUACACAGUUUGGCACAUUACCCAAGAUUUUAAAUAAAAAGGAUCUUCCUCCACCUGUCAGUCAGCCAGACUCCAGCAGUAACCCCUCUUCUACCACCUCCUCCACACCUUCCUCACCUGCCUUCAGCUCAAGCAACCCACCAAGUGCCACUCCACCUGCAAACCCCUCGCCCAAAGGGCCCACUGAUGACCGUUUUAAUUUCCCAGCUUCCUGCUAUUAUCAGCUCAGACAACAGUUUAUCUUCCCUGAUAUAUCAAGUUCUCAACAUCAAGAUGGCCAUGACUCAGGAGAGACAGAGCACGUAGGUAGUGAGGUGAUUACACCAACAGUGAGGCAGGAAGACACAGCUGUGAAUGAUGAGGUUGAUAGUAAAGGAGAAAAACAGGAGCAAGAAAGACAAGACGAAGCUGCUUCUUCUGGGGAAUCUGAGGGUGAAGAGGAUGAGCUGGAUGACUUGCCCAGCUGCACGAGACCCUGGAAGGGGCCUAUCUCACGCAAGGUUAGCCAAACGAGUGUGUACCUGCAAGAGUGGAACGUUCCCUUCGAGCAAGUAGAGCUGGGGGAGCUUAUCGGGAAGGGGCGCUGGGGGAAGGUGUACCGCGGACGUUGGCACGGAGAGGUGGCUGUGCGCCUGCUGGAAAUAGAUGGAAAUAAUCAGGACCACUUAAAGCUUUUUAAGAAGGAAGUGAUGAACUACAGACAGACUCGUCACGAAAAUGUGGUGCUGUUUAUGGGAGCCUGCAUGAACCCUCCUCAACUGGCUAUCAUUACAAGUUUCUGCAAGGGGCGGACACUGCACUCUGUUGUCAGAGAUUCUAAAAGCUCACUUGACCUCAAUAAGACCAGGCAAAUCGCUCAGGAAAUUGUAAAGGGAAUGGGUUACCUCCAUGCAAAGGAUAUCGUGCACAAGGAUUUAAAAUCCAAAAAUGUGUUUUAUGACAACAACAAAGUGGUGAUCACAGAUUUUGGUUUGUUUGGGGUGUCUGGAGUGGUGCAGGAGGAUCGGCGAGAGAAUGAAUUGAAACUGCCACGAGGCUGGAUUUAUUACCUGGCUCCUGAGAUUGUACAGAGGAUGUGUCCAGGAAAUGAUGACCGCUUACCCUUUUCUAAAGCCGCUGACGUCUAUGCUUUUGGCACUAUCUGGUAUGAGCUGCAGGUGAGAGACUGGCCUAUAAAAACCCAGCCACCUGAAGCUGCUAUCUGGCUGCUGGGUAGUGGAGAAGGCAUAAAGAGACAGCUUGCCCAAAUCAGCCUGGGCAAGGAAAUCACAGAGAUCCUGUGUGCAUGCUGGUCCUUUGACCUUGAGGACAGACCGACAUUCUCUCAGCUAUCUGACCUGCUGGAGAAACUUCCUAAACUCAACCGUAGACUUUCCCACCCUGGACAUUUCUGGAAGUCUACUGAGUAUGUAUCGUAGAGCUGUGAGAUUGCAUGCCAUCACCCUGCACUGCCUCACUGAAGAGAGCAAGCAGAAGUGAACUCUUCUCAGAGAUGUAGUCUUUAGGAGCAUUCAUUUUUGUAUGAAUGUGUCUUCUUUGUUUGAGCCUUUUCCAAGUGUGUCUUAAAUUUGUAAGACAUUUUAAGGUGAAUCUGAUUUACCUUCGAUUCAGAAUUCAGUGAAUUCAGUGCAGCAGGUGGUUUAUUUUUUUAAUGAGCUUAAGUUUUAAAUGUGAAUGUUUUAUUUUAAGAAACAGCUGUAUGUUCUGUCUGAUUAAUAGAGUGAACAUUAGAGUGAUUAUAUAUAGAUAUGAAUUUUAAAUGAUUAUUCAACACACUGUGCAGUGAACUGUACUUUAUUAUUGGUUUUAAGUGUUCUUCUUCCAGUUACUUUGGUACUGUAGAUUCAGUCUUUUUACAUCACAUGUAUCAUCAUCAGUAACAAAUAAACAGGAAAUAUUUGUCAGGUUAAGAGCAUAUCUAGUGAACGCAAUAGAUUAAACUUUGCAAUCAUAUCAUAUAAAUGUUCAUUUUUUGUGCUGGGAAUGGAUCUAUUAUCUGUAUUUUCCUACGACUUCCUUUUCCUGUUUGGGCUAAAAUCACUAUUUUACUACAGUGCUGCAUCUCACAUUACUCACAUCCUCUAUCUGGUGUCUUUUUCCUUUUGUUUUUCCCCUGUGCCCUAGAACAUGCGUAGCUUCAGCACACAUGGACAUGGCUGGUUUACUAAAGGAAUCUGUCAUAUUACUCCAGCAUUAAAAAGCAAGCAAGUGCUUGAUGUAUGGUUUAA